CAGGACCAAGAAGGAGCAGGACCUCAGCAUUUUUACCUUUUAUUACAAAUGGAGAAACAUGAAGAUGUUCAAUACUGUUUUCAAGACGGAAACUCUUCUUGCAGAAAGGUUUUGCUAUCGACAGCUAUCUACAUAACAAUGUACAUCUUCUUCUCAUUGAUUUCAGCGGUUACAGUAUUUUUGAACGUACUGGUGAUCAUCUCCAUCUCUCACUUCAAGCUGCUUCACACUCCAACCAACCUGCUCAUCCUCUCUCUGGCUGUGGCAGAUGUCCUGGUGGGACUGAUUGUGAUUCCAGUAACGACUGUAGCAAUAACGGAAUCAUGUUGGGUUUUUGGGGAAUAUUUCUGUGCGUUUCUUCUCUACAUUAGUUGUUUAUGUCCUUCUUUAUCUCUGGGGAAUUUGGUCUUGAUAUCUAUUGACCGCUAUGUUGCUGUGUGUGAUCCCUUAUUGUACCACUCUAAAAUAACAAUAACAAGAUUGAUGUGUUGUAUAUCCAUUACCUGGUGUUGUUGUAUCAUAUACAAUGCUGCUAUUAUAAAGGACAUUGUAAAUGUACAGAUACCCAGUAGGUGUUUGAAAGAAUGUUUUAUUGUUGAAGCAAUAACCUGGGGUAAUACAAUUGACCUUGUAAUUACAAUGGUUGUCCCGUGCUCUAUUAUUAUAACACUUUAUAUGAAAAUCUUUGUGGUGGCCAGAUCACAGGCCAGAAAGGUAUUUUCUAAAGAGGCUGCCAGUGUGUCUGGUGUUAAAACUGUACAGGCAAAUAAGUCUGAGAGAAAAGCAACAAAAACUCUGUCUAUUGUUGUUUUCACCUAUCUCAUUUGUUGGAUUCCAUUUAUAUUUUCUUUUUUCUUUCUUUCUCUCUUAAUUGACAAUUUAUCAUUCAUCAUCAGCUUUCUGCCAUUUGUUAAUUCCUUAAUUAAUCCAAUAACUUAUGCUUUCUUUUAUCCAUGGUUCAAAGUGACAGCUAAACUUAUUUUAACUCUGAAGAUAAGGCGUUCAUAGUUCCUAUAUUUGUAUUUCUAAGUUUGAAGAACAUAGGUUUGACAUAGUUAUGUUAUACAAUUGUUCUUUCAUGUAACAAUACUCUGACAAUACAGAGAUGAAUGUGGUGUUGAUACAGAAUGAUUUGGCUGGAUUGGAUUGGAAUGACUUGGAAAACGUA